CGCGGGGCCAGCUACAGAGAGUCCUGUGGUCUUGGCCAACGCGUAUAAAGGUCCACGCGAAAAUCCUCUAGAGAUUAGAUUUACGCACUGAGAACUCCCACGUUUAUUGAAAUAUUACCAGCAAAUUUUUUGAAAGGAUAUUGGUCCUAGCCGGAACUUUUCUGAAGUUUUUUUCUUCCUGGGAUUUGAACCUUUUCCAAGUGGUUCGAGCCCCCUCCUUCAUCGGGCACUGUGAGAACCCAUCCCAUGAUGCGACCACUUUUCCCGGUGACUCUGUGUUGCAUCAGCCUGCUCUCCCUGCAGCAGCAACCACUGGCUUUACCCGCUGGAGCCCGCCUGGACAGGCACAGGUUGAAUUUCCUGAAGAGGGUCCCGGAGGCAGAGGAGGGGGAGACCUUCAUCGCGGGAACCCUCCCGAGCCCCGGCGCGUCCCUGGGCCCCGCCCGCGAGGAGGCCGGCCGCGAUUGGUGGAAGCGCCUCCACCUCGUCAGAGCGCCCCCGCUGAGACGGGCCACCGAGGCCCCCGCCCAAAACGAGACCCCCCCGCACCGGGCGGACGCCGGCGUCCAGCAGAGGGCGCCGAGGGGGCGACGCCACGCCCACGCCAGGGGGAGGGGCCACCACCACCACCACCACCCGCAGCUGAUGCGCGUGGGCUGCGUCCUGGGCACCUGCCAGGUGCAGAACCUCAGUCACCGCCUCUACCAGCUGAUUGGCCAGAGCGGGCGGGAAGACACCUCCCCCAUGAACCCCAAGAGUCCGCACAGCUACGGAUGAGCCCGGAAAACGAGGAGGAGGAGGAGGAGGAGGAGGAGGAAGCGUCUUCGCGCAAAAGCAGACGCAAAAAAAAAAACAGCAGCGCGACAAUUUAGAUAUUUAUCCCUUUUUUUGUAUUGCAAAUAGCUUUCGCAUAGAGAUGGAUGUAAUCCACUAUUUUUCUCCUGUUUUCUCUGAAAAAAAAGACUUCUAUAAUAUUUAAAGUGAUUGCUGUGUUCUUCUUUCUCCGUUGGCCACCAGGAAAACACAUGGGUAACGGAAAUUUGUCUCUAGGGAAAGCAUUUGGGAUGACUCACGUGGGCGGAAGCUACUGAUUGACGAUGCUGUUGACUGUUCUUGAAAAACGUUGCCUUCAUUUCACCUGAGUAUCAUUGAGGCAUGUUCUGGCCUUUUCUACCCAUCACUCAAAACACUGUGAACCAUGGUAGCUUUAAGCCCGAAUCCUAUUCAGAAUAACAGCUGGUUAAGCAGCCUUCACAAGAUGACAGUGCAUGACAGGAAAUGUAAGCGUAAUGCCGAAUGUCCCUCCCCAACCUGGAAAAACAAGGGGAAAACAGACGACAAGCCUGCCCAGGAGGCUUUUAGGUUACUCUCUAUUUAACAAGCGUGUACAGGUUUUUAAUGUGGAUUUUUACUAAAGGUGAGAUUCGAGCUCAUUCAAGUCUUACACCAUGGAAUUCCAGGAAAUGGUGAAGAUAGUUAAUUUCUCUGAGACCACAAUGCAACUGCCCCCUUGAAAUAUCUUCCAAGCUGGCCUGCGAGUGAAGCCUGACACCAAGUGCCGAGACCGUCCACCUCUGUCAUUCUGUCC